CAAACCCAGUUGCACGUCACUUUGCUCAUGAUAUCUGGGCUGCUCUUUGCCCUCUGCUUCAAAUACCCUAUCCAGCAGCCAGGACCGCCACUUCUGCUAGGGUUGCAGACGGCUACCAGUGAUAUGGGACACUUCAGAAAUCUUUUCUGAUUGAGUUCCAGCUCUCGUGGAAGGCCCUGGACGCCCAGGGCUGGCUUGCAGGAGUGGGAAGAAUUCGGGCCCUUGAGGACUGACCCCACCCCUGGGUGAUGUGGAUGAGGUCAACGCCAACUUAAGACUUCCGGAGAGACAUGAGUAGCAACACGACCCAGCGCUCGGUGAUUUGGGUUCUCCUCUUUGCCCUCAUCAUGCUCCUCAUCCUCUACAGCUCCAACAGCGGCAACGAGGUCUUCCACUACACCGCCCUGCGGGCCCGAUUCCAGCGUCCCACCAACCUCAAGAAAUGGGGAAUCACCGAAAGCUACGUCCCGGUGUCCGGGAACAAGACCCUCACCACCCGUUGCCACCAGUGUGUGGUCAUCACCAGCUCCAGCCACCUCCUGGGCAGCAAGCUGGGGCCAGAGAUCGAGCGGGCAGAGUGCACCAUCCGCAUGAACGACGCGCCCACCACCAGCUUCGACGCCGACGUGGGCAACAAGACCACCUUUCGCGUGGUGGCCCACUCCAGCAUCUACCGAGUCCUCAAGAGGCCCCAGGAGUUUGUCAACAAGACCCCAGAUACGGUAUUCAUCUUCUGGGGACCCCCGAGCAAGAUGCAGAAACCCAAUGGCAUCCUGUUGCGCAUCAUCCAGCGCGUCAGCCUCUCCUUCCCCAAUAUGACCGCCUAUGUCGUCUCGCCCACCCGGAUGAAGCAGUUUGAUGACCUCUUUCGGGGUGAAACGGGCCGAGACAGGGAGAAGUCCCACUCCUGGCUGAGCACCGGCUGGUUCACUAUGGUGAUUGCAGUGGAGCUCUGUGACCGGGUACAUGUCUAUGGGAUGGUGCCACCAAACUACUGCAGCCGGCGGCCCCAGCCCCACCGGAUGCCCUAUCACUACUAUGAACCCAAGGGACCGGACGAGUGUGUCACUUACAUCCAGAACGAGCGCAGCCGCAAGGGGAACCACCACCGCUUCAUCACCGAGAAGAAGGUCUUCUCCUCCUGGGCUCAACUCUAUAACAUUACGUUCUCCCACCCCUCCUGGACAUAGAGCAUGGCCCAGCCAAUUAUCGGGGCCCUGGGGGUCAUGUCCCAGACAAAGAGGGGGCCGAGGGGCCAGAUCUCAGCCAACCAUCGGGGCCCUGGGGCCUUGUCCCAGCCAAACAUUGGGUCCUGGGGGUCUUGUUCCAGACAAUCAUCAGGAUCCAGGACCUUGUCCCAACUAAUCACUGGGGUCCUGGGACCUUGUCCCAGCCAUCUAUCAGGGUCCUGGGGCCAUGUCCUGGUUUCUAUGACCCUUCCACCUGCCUAUCAAGAGUACUGACAUAAAUUCCCCUCCUGUCAGCUGAGUCUUGAGCAGGCAUCUCAGCCUCUUUUAAAGGCUUGGAAAUUCCUCACCUGGAUGUUCCUUUGUCCCCCAGACCUCAUCCCCACCCUCCAUCCCAAGGGAAGCCGAAGCCCCCCAAGAAUGUAGCUGUCACUUGGCUAUGGGCUCCCUGAUCCGACAGACUUGGUACACCUACCCCCUCAGUCCUGGGCUCUCACCAAUAUCCCAAGGGAGUGGGGCAGGGCAAGGAGCGACUCCAGCAGAGAGGCUGCCUGGGCCAAGUGUGCCCCAAUCUCUCUAUUCCCCAGGGCCCUAGCUGCCCCAUUUGUUUCUAGACCUGCCUCCCCAACAAGAGCACCAUCUGGCCCGAGCUCAGAGGAAUUGAUCCUGCCCCUCAGCUCCAGGCUUUCUCCCCAGAGGGGUGGCCUUUCCAAAGCUCAGUUCCCCUCUCCCACACUGCCCACACCGCCCACACCAUCCCCUUCCCUCCCCACCCAAGCCCAGAGCGGAAUGGCCAAGGGAGAAAGGCUGAUGGAGUGGGACCUUAGAGCCGAUCUUUGCCCUUAGCUCAGAAAGGGACAGAUGGAUUCUUCCUGAAAAACCCCCCAGGCACCCCUCAGGCCAAGAGGAAGGUCCAUUCCCCUUUCCCAGACCGCAAAGGUCACUUUGGGUCAGGAAGGAUGUGUAACUUCUGGACAGGCCUGCAUCUGGGCAUUUGUGGAAAGACUACAAAGUCCCAGAAGCCAACAGGGCCUAAGCCUCCUACUAGUGGAAGUUGUCGGGCCCCAUGUUUCUGGAAGUCCCACAUUCCUGAGACUGGGCUAGGUCAGGUUCCCAAAUCCUAGUCCUCCCUCCCCAACCCCACACAUCCUCCCAAUUCACACCCCAACAGGGGGCAUUGUUGGGGACCAGCAGCCAGGAGAGGCCCCUGCUGGCCCUUCUCCCACUGCCAAGACCAGGCUGCCACAGGAGUCAAUCCCAACUGAGUGGAAACUUUGGAGCUGACCCUCCUCCCUGCCCUCAAAGCACGUCCGGAACCCAACUCCUGUCCCCUCCUCAAUCGCUUUCUCCUGCCCUGUCCCGUCCAGCCCCAUAUCCCCCUCCAAAUGGAACUUGCUUCUAAUGGUUGGCCCAGUCUCCAAGCCUCAGUCAAGUUCCCGGUGAACGGGAGGCAGGGCUGAGGGUGGGGUCUGGCAGUGGGGAUGCCCCCAGCACCAGGAUAUUGGCUGGAUGGGGAGUCUCAUUUGGCACUUUAUAGAGCACCUUUCUUGGCAGCCCCAGGGACCCUGAUUUUCAGGCCCAGAGGGCUCCCCCACCCCCACCUGCCCUCAGGGGUGUGGGAGUGAGGACAUCUGCUUUCCCUGCCUUAGUCACUUUACCUCUGGGCUUCGGCCUUCCCUGCCAGAGGAGGGGAUUGGCUUUUGCAAGCUCUGCUCUCCAGCCUGGCCUCAUUUUGUUGAAGGUGGGAGAAUCCCAGGGGCCAAAGCGAAGAAAGGGGAAGCUCCGGGGCUUGGUUCGGCAGCUGAAGAAGCCGGGAACUGGGGGGGCAGGCUGAGGGCCUCUGCAACUCACUGCCCACUCCCGUUGUGGAGGGCAAGCCAGGGCCAGGCCUGGACAGGAAGUGCUAGGGUCAACCGGUCCCGCCUGCCAGAAGUUGUUUUGUAAUGGUUUGUACAGGAAUAAAUAUUGCUACGAUGUCA